CACAGAGCACUUCAUUUUAUUUGCAUAGGAAGCUCUAGAUAAAGAGUACUCGCGGUCUUGGAUUUUCUGUUGGGUGGUUUGUUUGCUCACUCGGUUCUACGCCAUGCCUGAGCCCGCGAAGUCGGCUCCCGCCCCGAAGAAGGGCUCCAAGAAGGCCGUCACCAAGGCGCAGAAGAAGGAUGGCAAGAAGCGCAAACGCAGCCGCAAGGAGAGCUACUCGGUGUAUGUGUACAAGGUGCUGAAGCAAGUGCACCCCGACACCGGCAUCUCGUCCAAGGCCAUGGGCAUCAUGAAUUCGUUCGUGAACGACAUCUUCGAGCGCAUCGCGGGCGAGGCGUCGCGCCUGGCGCAUUACAACAAGCGCUCGACCAUCACGUCCCGGGAGAUCCAGACGGCUGUGCGCCUGCUGCUGCCCGGGGAGCUGGCCAAGCAUGCCGUGUCCGAGGGCACCAAGGCCGUCACCAAGUACACCAGCUCCAAGUGAAAGUGAGUUCGUUUAACUCGCUUUAACCCAAAGGCUCUUUUCAGAGCCACGCA